AUGCAUGCAAUUUCAUAUCGAAAGGCGUCCAUAGGCGUCUGUAGUGAUCCUUCCAACUCUCUGGGCGGCUGUAGAGUGAGGAAACUUAGCUUCUACCACCGAGAGAGAAACCGUAGAAGAAGAAAGUGCUAUACAGAUUUUCUGACGGACGACUUUGAUGUGAAGACAUACACUGCGCAGGCUAUCCACCAUGCUGUCAUCACCGAGCAGCUGGCCAGGCUGGCACAGGGCAUCAGUCAGCUGGACAAAGAGCUGCACAGCCAGGUACCUGCCGACCCACCACACCUGCUCACUGGUGUCCUUCAGAUGAUGCAGACGAGGAUCAGCGCGCUACAGGCUGCCGUUGACAGGAUAAGGACAAAGAUCGUUGAUCCCUACAACAAGAUCGUGGCUAGGAACACCCAGUUAGCCAGGCUGCAGCUGGAAGCCUCUGACCUCCGAUCCACUCGUCCUCCCACAGCCCGCAUACACGCCACCCACCCGGGAACGGGCCCCUUCCUGCUCGGUGUGAGCCCCGGUUUCAUCCAACGGGUGCUCGGCUACACGCACAUGAAGACAAGGACUCACAGUCCAACCACAUUCUGA